AGCGCUCAUUGUGAGGAAAAGCGGCUCGCGGUAAAGAUUGAUUUCUGCAAGCUCUUCAACACGUGGAUCUCAUUUUACAAUAUUAUUCUACAAAAUUUACCUGCAAUACGCGCACUUUUGCAGCUUUAUUGUGCGACCAAGACACUUUCCUAAGCAGCGGAAGGAGAAAAAUCGGUGAAAAUGAAUUGCCACGGUGAUAGAAAAGCUGUUGACUCGCGGGAUGGCGUGAAUUGUGCAGAACUCUUUGGCAGCAAAGAGGGAAUCACGUACAAUGACUUCCUGAUCCUUCCCGGCUACAUUGACUUCACCUCGGACGUCGUGGACAUCUCGUCGCCGCUCACGAAGGGCAUCACGCUGAACAUGCCGCUCGUGUCGUCGCCCAUGGACACCGUCACGGAGGCAGACAUGGCGAUCUCGAUGGCCCUCUUCGGCGGCAUCGGAAUCAUCCACAACAACUGCUCGCCGGAGUACCAGGCGAACGAGGUGAACAAGGUGAAGAAAUACAAGAGCGGCUUCAUCCGCGACCCCGUGGUCAUGGGGCCGCGGCAGCGCGUGUCGGACGUGCAGGAGGUGAAGCGCAAGCAUGGCUUCACGGGCAUCCCCAUCACGGACUCAGGGCGGCUGGGCGGACGCUUGCUGGGUAUCGUGACGUCGCGUGACAUUGACUUCCGCGAGGACGAGGGCGAGACACUGCUGGAGGAGGUGAUGACGGGCAUGGAGGACAUGGUCACGGCGCGCAGCGGCGUGACACUGGAGGAGGCCAACAACAUCCUGAAGACCAGCAAGAAGGGCAAGCUGCCCAUCGUGAACGACAGCGGCGAGCUGGUGGCGCUAAUCGCGCGCACGGACUUCAAGAAGUCGCGCAACUUCCCCAAAGCGUCCAAGGACAGCAACAAGCAGCUGUACGUGGGCGCCGCCGUGGGCACGCGUGAGGACGACAAGGCGCGCCUGGCGCUGCUCGUGCAAGCUGGCGUGGACGUGGUGGUGCUGGACUCGUCGCAGGGCAACUCCGUGUUCCAGAUCGACAUGAUCAAGUACAUCAAGCGCACGCACCCCACGCUUCAGGUCAUCGCCGGCAACAUCGUGACGAAGCAGCAGGCAGAGAACCUCAUUCACGCCGGCGCUGAUGCUCUGCGCGUCGGCAUGGGCAGCGGCAGCAUCUGCAUCACGCAGGAGAUCAUGGCUUGCGGCCGCUCGCAGGCCGAAGCCGUGAACGCGGUGAGCAACUACGCGCGCCAGUUCAACGUGCCCGUGAUCGCGGACGGCGGCGUACGCGAUGUGGGCCACAUCGUGAAGGCGCUGGCGCUGGGCGCGUCCAGUGUGAUGAUGGGCGCAAUGCUGGCCGGCACGUCGGAGGCGCCCGGCGAGUACUUCUUCUCGGACGGCGUGCGCCUAAAGAAGUACCGCGGCAUGGGCAGCCUGGAGGCGAUGGAACGCAAUGACUCGCGCGGUUCCGCCAUGGGGCGCUACUACCACAGCCAGAUGGACAAGCUGCGCGUGGCGCAAGGCGUGAGCGGCAGCAUCGUGGACAAGGGCAGCGUGCUCAGCGUGCUGGACUACCUGCACAACGGCGUGCAGAAGAGCUGCCAGGUUAUCGGCGCGCGCUCCGUGUCGGCGCUGCGCGAGAUGAAGUACACCGGCGAGCUGCGCUUCACGCACCGCUCGCAGAACGCCCAGAUGGAGGGCAACGUGCACGGGCUGUACAACUACGAGAAGCGUCUCUUCUAACAGCCACCGCACGCGCCCCACGCCUCCACGUGCGGGUGACUGCAAUUCCGAGAGCCAGAGAGAGAGAGAGAGAGAGAGUGAAUUUGGAGUCUGUAGCGCAGAUAGCUAAAUGUUUUGUCGAUGUUUAGAGGAACUUCCGCCGCCAAGGCGCAUAAGUGUCUAUUUUUAAUGAGAAAUCUUAUCUGUUUUACCCCCUCAAAUUAUACAUAAAGUCUACAAUUCUACAUAAAUCAAUAAAUGGUAUUUUA